UUCACAAAAUACUGUGGAAAAACUAAAACCAUACAAACAUAAGUAAUGAUUCAUUGAACACCGUUUAUUUAACGAAAUAUCCGGAAUACUAACAUGAGUCAUAUUUAAAAUUAUUGUGAAAUCGGGUAACAUUAUUUUGUGACGUGCCACCCCACAAAAUGUCAAACAAUAGAAAAAUCCGGUCUAGCCUCAAUUAACGUAAAAAAAACUACUUUUUUAUACAAUAAGCAGUUAAAUAUAGGCCCUAUAACAAUCUAGUAGAGUCUAUUAUUGUUUGAUAGAUUGUAGUGUUUGAGGUUAAUGUUUGCAUGAUUAGUACCAACAUAACAACUUAAAACGUAGCGUCUGAUUGAACGAACGGAACGAUUUGUUAUUAUUAUAAGUGGGCAUAACCUUUAUUCUUUUUCACUUUUAUUUUAAUCGAGAAUCAGUGCAAAUCCUUAUAAAUUAAUUGUUUUAACUUACACUAAAUGCUACAUUGACUAAUUGUGCCGUAUAGUGUGUGAAGGUAUGUUUUUCAUUCAAUAUAAAAGAUAUUAUCGGUAAGAGAUAAUUAGAUCAAGUACUACGCGUAGCUUUUUAGUGGCAUGUGCAGUUAUUUCAUGUGAUCCUCAUUGUUUCGUACUUUUACAAAUUAUAGCGCCAUUUUGUCGUUUCCGAAGCUUUUAUAUGCUUUUUCGACGUUUAUUUGAUUUAUGGAACAUUACUCGACAUUAAAUGGUGUGUUUAAUUUUUGAAUUUGGAAUCAUGUUCUGCGUCCAAGAAAAAGAUUCGCACACAGACCCGUUCGCCACAACUGAAAAAGACCCGCUAGCAGCCCAGUCCUCCUCCGACGAUGAGCCCACCCCGAAGCGCCUCAAAACCUUCACACCAUCCCUCAACCUCCAAGUGUACCAAAUACCCGCUUUCAACAAGGGUCUAUCCAUAUUCCCGACCCCGGAUGUGAAACUGCCCAAGUUUGUGAACAAUCCGCUGAACUUGGCUAAUCCGUUGGCGUUGCCAAGUAUACAAGCCAGUAAUGUUGUCAAGUCGCUGCACAGUAGAUAUUCGCUGCCGGCCAAGCUGAGCAUAACGCCGGUGCAGACACCCAAGAGUUGUGAUUCAGGUGGAAUUGUCAGGUAUAAGAAGAAUGGUGAGAUUGCCAAGAAAAGGGGCCCACCCAAAGGCUACAAGAGGAAACCGAAAGUGGAUUUGUCGCAGAGUUUAAAUAACGGAGCACUAUUACAGGCACAAAACACGAUUCUGACAAGUCUUCUCGCCGCUACUAAUACUACACUAAGCGUGAGCCAGCCCAAACCAGUGCCUGUAGCGCCUAAAGUCACUAUAGUGCCCAAAAUAAAAGUUCCCGAUGGCGUGGAGCUGGUAGAAAUGGCCUUGGACCCUGAGGACUGGUUUCCUGCGGAGCCCUACCGCAUGUCGUUCAGUCGCAAGAAGAACCCAAAGUGGAAGACCUUCCCCUACAGAUGCGAACACUGUUUUAAAGGUUACCGAGUAGCGUCAACCCUCCUCCAACAUUCCGGCGAGCGUCACGGCUGCGUGCCGAAGGCGCUGGCGAUCCCGUGCCCGUGCUGCCCUCACAUAAGUCCCCGUCGGAAACUGCACAAGAAACAUCUGGAGACGCACGAGGGAAAGAGACGGAGGAUAUUCUGUGUCUACUGCCUGCCGCCAAGAGACCCAUCAGAGCCCUACGUAAAAGAAUCAGAGAAGUACCCGUUCGACAAGUUCCCUCAAUACUGGUACGCGUCCGAGGAGUCCCUGCGGCUCCACAAAAAACGGAAACACCCGUACGCGGCCAUGCUUCAUUACAACUGGUUCAACACGUGGACUGACGCUAUUCCUAAUAGCUAGUAAGUUAUUUGUAUGUUAGGUUUAGGCGGAAAAUUCUACGACAUAAACAUGUGCGAAUAGCAUGAGUGAAUAUAGUAUAAAUCUUAAAUGAUUUUUACGUCUAAGACCCUGGUCUGUUAAACAAAAGCCAUUGUUUCUUUUGUGCGAGCGGUCGGCCAUUGUGUACAGUCAAGGACAUACAGGUUGGCAAAAAAGAGUAGAAAUGGAACUAAAUUUUUUAUCAUUGGGUACAUUUACUGUUUUCAUACAAAAGAGACGUCAAAGUGACUCAAUAGUUGCCAUAUGCAAGACGUUUUACGUAGACAGUGGCGCCCCUAUUAUUUUCUACUCUUUUUUGCCAAACUGUAAAUAUAUAUACAUUCCCAAAGUUUCAAAAAUAUGUGUACCUUAGACAAUAAAGUCGUGUUCACAUAUUUUUGAGCCAUUUGUCUGGAUCGAUAUUUUUGCCUUCGACUGUACCAUUGUAUCUGCGCGCGUGCCACGGCGCGUGCUAUUGUGUCUAACAAUGGCACACAAUGGCCGACCGCUCGCAUAAAAGAAACAAUGGGUCUUAGACGUAAAAAUCAUAUGAGAAGAUGCAGACUAUACAAGCGACGGUCGCACGGCGUGGGAAAAGUGUGAACAUGCAAUGUAAUAUGACAUAUGUCAAAGAUAAAUGCCAGGGAGGCGCCAAUGUGUUGUAAAUACGCCCGGCGCCACAGUAAGGUACAGAGCGUAUGUUUUAUCUAAAAAUCACUUUUAGGAACCUUUGACACUAUUAGUCACAGAAAUCAAGACGAUUGGACCAAAAAUGCAGUUUUUCAAAAUGGCGGCGACUUUCUUUUUCAAAGCUUUUUGCUCUUAGCACUUCUGGUCGAUAGUAAUAAUCUCACGCCCGGGUGGACUGUACGCUUGUUAACCACCAUGUUGGUUUAAAAGUGACAGUUGUACUCGCCUCUAUGGAUCCAGUGUAGUAUGACAGUGAUAUGUCGAUCGUAGAAUUUUUCAGUAAUUUAGUAGAAUUUUAGUUGACAGCUGGCAGCAUUGGUAGUAUUCCUAAUACUGGAAUGGUACAUUUAAGUAGAAUUUUUAGUAAUAAUUUUAUGGUUUUUAUCAACAAUCAUUAUUUUUAACAUUUAGUUUUGGACUAAAAUGUGGCUUUCCAUUAGAGAAGGGUCCGUAUGCUUCAUUUGCAAUAGGGACCUUGGAAUUUCAGAUGGAAACGUCGUUAUUGCACUUGAAACAUAAGGACCCUUCUGUGAUGGAAAGCCACAAAUUAUCUUUAAUAAAUUAAUCGGCGCCAUUUAAUGCUUUUUAACUGUUUUUUUAAUUAUAAACUGGCAAAUUUUAAAUAAAAAAUCCAGUAUUACGUUUUUUGUCACGUUAUUCAAAGCAGGUUUUUUUUUUACAUUAAUUCUUGCGUUGGUAGUUUUUACCGGAUGCUGGCAACACAGCCAGAUACUAAAAACAAUCGGUCUUUAAAAAAAGCUUUAGAAGACAGCUAAAAUGGUAACUUGAAAGUGAAUUAAGUAUAAGUGUAGUGAACAUUUUUUGACAAAGGCGACAUUGAAUCUUAUAUCAAUUGCAAAGAUUUUACUGAUCAAAGCUUUAUCAAUGUACCCUGAUUGCUAAUUAGAUUUCAUAAAAUCAAAGAGAAUUAAGUAGACAUCCGUUUUUUUACCAUAAAUACUAUUAUUUUCAUAGUCGACAUCUAGCGUCAAGUAGCGGAAUUAUUGUGCUAUAUAUAUAUUUUUUUAUUAUAAACUGAUCGGCGAUUGGCCCUAGUCACACCUGAUGAAAAGUGAAGACAGGGCCUAAGAUGGAGCUCACCGGUUCAGUAACAGCCUAUUCACUCUUAAAUGUAAAUAAAUAAGAGUUUUUAAUUAAUUCACGGUUAAUAUUGUCUUCGGUUACCGCGAUAGUUACUCAUGAAAUAAAACUAUGAAAACGGAUUAUAUCGCGGGUGACGUCACCCGUUGACCACGAACGCUGUAAAGGGUUCGAAACGUCGGGAUGUAUUAUAAAUUCAAUAUACGCGAUAUAAUCCGUUUUCAUAGUUUUAUUUCAUAAUUCACGGUUAGUUUCACUAGACUUAUAUUGAAAAGGUAAUCACAGUCUAUAUUCCGGUCAAUAUACUUUGAAAUAUCACAAUAUUACAUAUGGCAACAUGUUCGUAGAUUUUUUGGAAUUAUAGAAAUCAGGGUGUGCUGGACGUACUUACACUGCUCAGUUGGCAAAGUGAAAAAUCUCGCACGAGUCAAUAUAUGAAUUAUACAGCUCAGCUGACCUAGACAAUGCAUGGUAGACAUUAUUUGUAUAUUUUUUGAACUAUGUAGAAACCUAGGUAUAGUAAUAUUGCCUUAGCAUUGUGAAACUUGUAACAUUUUGAAAUAUUUAUUAUAAAGGCACUUUUUGUGUGAAGAAAGGCAGAAUUUGUAGACAAUUGAACUUGUAGGCAAAGUUAAAGUAACAUGGCAAUGUUGGAAAGAUUUUGUGAAGAUCAUUUUAAGCACUUCAUCUGUUUAGUAACUUCAGUCACAGAAUAUAUAAUAGUAACAGAAGAUUCACUCCCUAAUAAAACGCGUCAACUACGCGCAAGGCGGCGCAAGCGCGUGCAGGCGUCCGUUCCAUAGCGGUGCGCGGCAAUUACUAUGGAAAAAACCUCAAAAUUGAGGCGGCCGCAGGUACUUGUAGCGACGCGACGAAUUCGCGGAGUGAGACACGCCUGCUUCAGUUAUGCAAUGACUUUGUUACCAUCACAAAACAUAUGUGCCAUUUUCAAUCAAAAGGUUACUUAUUGUCGGUUGUCAAUAAGGCGCUAUUUCCAUACAGCUUCAAUUUUGAAAUCAACCUUAUUGACAACCCAGGUAACAUUCGUACGUCAAUAUGACGUCAGCGACGUCUUUAUGGCGUCAUAAUGACGUCAUUGUUACGUCAUAUUGACGUCGCUGACGUCACUGCUACUUGGGAAGCGACAAUGUGGUACCUUUUGGUUGAAAAUGUCACAUAUAUGUACUAUGAUGCAAAAUCUGCUUUCCUUUUAUAUACUACAAUGUGCCUUCGAUAUAAAAUGACGACAUUCCUCAGGCUUCUUAUGAUAAAUGCCUUGUAUUCGUAACUCUUAUAUCAUAUGUGUAGUCGUAUAUGUAUUGUGUAUCUUACAUAUAGUUCAGUGAUAUAGCACUAACCCAUUGACUGCCAAAGACGUCAAAUGACGCGCGCGGUUACAGAUUAAUAUCAGCUAAUAUCAACCCGCGCCGCGCACGAUACGCGCGUUCAAAGGGUUGAAUAGUGAUUUGAUUGUGUAUGUUAAAUCCGCAAGUUUGGGGCAAAGUUGCCAUCCUAAGCGGAACCUAAGCGCGGGCAAUUUUAUCCAGACUACUAUCAACCCGCGCCGUAGGCGUAGCAUUCAAAGAGUUGAAUAGUGAUUUGAUUGUGUAUGUUAAAUCCGCAAGUUUGGGGCAAAGUUGCCAUUCUAAGCGGAACCUAAACGCGGGCUAUUUUAUCUCUUAAGUCAGAAGUAACGUAAAAUCCCUUUCGAAGGAUUAAAUAUGAAAUAAUAAAAUAAACUAUGUAUUUAACAAUAUGGAUGGUCAAGAAAAUCUUGUUAGUAGAAAAAGGCGGCAAAUUAAAAAAAAACUGUUUUUCAAGAUUUGCUUGACCAACUAUAUGGGGCAUUUUCUAUGAAAAGGGACCUUACUGUCGAUGGUGCUUACGCCGCACAACGUCGCACGGCAUUGGAUUUAUAUCGAGCAUCGUUAAUAAUGGCGUAAGCGCCAUCGACAAUAAGGUCCCUUUUUAUAGAAAAUACCACAUAUAUUGUUUAUUGUUAUUGAAUUUAAAAAAAAUAGAAUAAUAGAUUAUUAUGAGCAGGCAAGUUACUCUUUAGGGCUAUAAUAGUCCGCGUUUACGGUACUUAUGAUAAUUCAGAUGUAUCCAACCCCUCAAAUGUAUUGUAUUAUUGUAUAUGUAUUUUUGAUAACUAAAAUAAGCAGCUUAGUAACAGCAAAUAUUCAUAGAUUGUAUAAGAUAUGUAAAGUUUUAAUAAUGCCUAAAAUUUGACAGCUGAUGUAGGCGCAGUAGUACAUUGUGUGACUGUCAAAAGCUGACCCUUGACAAUAGGGAAUAUUACGUAAAACUGCGUAGAGUGCGCCACUACCACAAUCUGAGGGUCUAUCGCGAAACAAGAAAUCGAAAUUUCGUUAUGUAACAUCUCUGUCACUCUUGCUCUUGCAUAUUCAAGCGAUAAAGAGCGAAGAUAGCGAAAUAUCUACCAGAAAUAUAAUAAUAAAAUAAAACUAAUUUUGGAGCAAAGUAGAUACACAGCUGUGGUCAAGGAAGACUGACGCCCAGCAAAAUGUCAACGGAGAUAUUGGUAAACAACACUUAACUACCAGAAAUUUGUUUAUAUAAAUGUUCGAGAUAGACAAAUAAAUUAAAACUAUUUGUGAUACCUAUUUGUUUAAUGUUUAUUGUCUACGGCAUUUUUCUGCGGCGUUAAUAUCAUUAAUAAUGCGUACAGAAUGCGAGAGUUUAAUGUGUUAUAAAUAAUGCACAUUUUUCGGCACCACAAAACUUGACGCCCUACAGCGCCAUCUUCUGUCAAACUCGUAUACGAUUUUUUUACUAUACACAUUUUAUAAAAUCAAUGAAUCUUUUAACAGUAUUGAAUUACACGCAUUUACUUAGUAUUAUUUUACGAUACUAGACCCUAAGUCUUCGCAGUAGAGACCAAAACCAAAACAGUAUUAUGUUACACGACCAUUUUAGAAAUAUCACUAGAUUUAAAUAGGUAAGUUUUAUUUAAUCUACUUAUUAUUUCUAUUUAAUUUUCAUACAGGAAAUAACAUUUUACCAGGGGGUCAUCCAUUAAUUACAUGACACAAUAUCGACUUUUAGGGCUCUAUAUGCGGCAUAGAGUAACUGAUACUAGAGCGUUACUGUCAUAGUAAAUUUUGUAACCCCAGUAAAUUCACUGCCAUCUGUCGACACACUUUAAAACUAAAAAUGAAGAUUUAUAAAAAUACGAUAGAAUGUAUUUAAAUAUAGAUAAAUGAGUUUUUUUAUUUGCAUUAAUUAUUUUUAUGAUUUUGACCCAUGUUCUUUCACUGAUAUGCGUUAAAAUUGUUAAAUAACAAACGAAACCGUCAACGCCAUCUAUACGACUGUAGGCCAAAACUAGUAGCGCCCUCUGAACGAGAAUCAAAUUUUCUUGAUUUUCGAGGCACGUUUUUUCCUUAGACUGUAUCCAUCUAUUACGGAGUUAUAUCUAUCUUUGAUAUGCGGUAAAGGGAUACGUACUGUCACACUUGGCAUGACCCCCUCCCCCUGUUGCUGUGACGUAAUAUGUGGAUGGACCCCAAUGACAAGUAAAAAAACUAUUAUGAGUAAGACUACUUUUGCCAGUAUUUUUUUUACAUGAAUCGUAUUUUACUGAAAAUAUUCAAAUUAUGUAAUGUAUUAUAAACACUCUAAAUUGGUUAAUGUAAUAAACUAUAUAAUUUUGAAAGUCAAAAUUACAUAAAUAAAAUAUUAAUCGAAAUUAAACUAAAUAAAAAAUAAAAUAUUAGUUAUAAAAAAAACAACAACCGUGAAAUAAUACAAAUUCGAUGUAUUAUUUAAAUACAGAAAUUAAUAUGUACAAAACUAGCACUAUUUAAUUUUUCUAUACUGUAAUUAUUGAGAUUACAUUAAGACUUAUCAAACACAUUUUAUGUUUCACGAUCUAACAUAUACCUACUUAAGGUGUAUAUUGGGCCUUGAUAAUUUGUGACGUUUUCAAUCAAAAAGUACCACAUUGUCGUUUAACAUAAGGACGAAAUUUGAUUGUAUCUUUAUACGAAUAACUUGUCAGAGCGUCAUAUUGGCAAACGGCAAUGUGGUACCUUUUGAUUGAAAACGACACGUUUUUUUUAGUCGUUUAGUUUUAGGCUAAAUGAACGACAGAUCUUAGUGUACAUAAAAUAAUUUUAGAUAUGAUUUUAGCUGUUUAAACCUGUAUAUAUUUAGUAUGAGCCAUUUUAAUAAUAAGUUGCCGCAUGCCCAGGUAGCAUUUAUACUUCAUUAUGACGUCACAAUUACGUCAUUAUGACGUCGCUGACGUCACUUUGCUGUCUGGGUGGGAUGAUCAAACUAUUAAUGAUUUUAUAGAAUUAGUUUCAUGAAAAUCUAUUUUUAAACCUGUGACCGCCAAAGAAGUCAACGCGCGCGGCACCUAAUACCAAAGAGAAUUAAGAAGACAAUAGACAGAGUGCUCACUCCAUACAUCGGUAUUGUUACCAAAAAGACUUAUUCAACUUGCUUAUAAUAUUGGUUAUAAAUUGUUGAGCAAUACCAAAGAGGAUAUAAUAAGAUAGAGCGGUACUGUCAUAGUAAAUUUUGUAACCACUGUAAAUUCACUGCCAUCUAUCGACAUACUUUAAAACUAAAAAUGAAGAUUUAUAAAAAUACUUUAAAAUUUAUUUAAAUAUGGAUAAAUGUUUUAUUUUUAUUUGCAUUAAUUAUUUUUAUAAUUUUGACUCAUGUUCUUUCACUGAUAUGCGUUAAAAUUGUUAAAUAACAAACGAAACCGUCAACGCCAUCUAUACGACAGUAGGCCAAAACUAGUAGCGCCCUCUGAUCGAGAAUCAAAUUUUCUUGAUUUUCGAGGCACGUUUUUUCCUUAGACUGUAUCCAUCUAUUACGAAGUCUAUCUUUGGCAAUACACUUCGUCAGUCGCGACACAUUCGACAUCUAGUGUCGAGUAGCGGUACUGAUAGUUCCGCUACUUGGCGCUAGAUGUGGACUACCAGAAUAAUAAUAUUUUUGGUAAACAAACCUAUGUAUGAAGUUAGCACUGUCUGUCUUCUUAAUUCUCUCUGCUAAUACGAACCAUCGUGCAUUCAGCCCAGGUAGUAUUUAUACGUCAUUAUGACAUAUAAAUGACGUCAUUAUGAAGUAUAAAUGACGUCAUUAUGAAGUAUAAUGGACGUCAUUAUGACGUAUAAAUGACGUCAGUGACGUCACUUUGCUACCUGGGAGACAAGGUUCACUAUGACGCGCCGAGCACGAUAGGCGUGGUUCUCAAAGGGUCGUGUCUAAAUCCAAGCAAUAUUCUGCCUGUAUUUAUGAAAUAGCAUAAGUAACGCCUGUUUAGUCGUGCCUUACGUCGACUGAACUUAACCACAAAGUGAGAUUACAUAAUUGUCCAAAUAAAAAAACACUGCUGAAAAGUUACCUGUUAAAAUAAUAACUGUCAUUCUUGAAACAGUACGGAAUGGACAUUUUGGGACUUUUUUUAAUGGCAGGAUGGAGAAUGCUGUCGAUUGUAAGUAGAAUGAGCCCAAUAAUGUCCAGAUUUGAAAGAAUCAGGUUUUCAAUAUUUAUUUUAGAAAACGCCCAUUUACCUACAUUUUAUUUUUCUGUGCACAGUAUUCUAAUGAAAAAAAUCUCUUUUUUUUUCGUUAUUACACAAAACACGCCAUUAUACCAGGUCAAAUUAUAAAAUAUAAUUAGAGCUGUAUAACAUGCUACUACAUAGCCGUUUCGAGAGUAACUUGACCAUAACAUUAAGGUAUUGUCCUGUUUUUUAUGUAACAAAAGCAGUGCACUUAAUGACAUAAAUACUUUGCCCGCAUGGCAAAGUUACCCUCAUUGUAUCAAUGGGCAAUGUUGCCCAGGUAUUAUAGAAUAGACAUAUGUAAUACUCUGCAUUUGAAAUGGAUUACAUUUUGUACAAGUACUUUUGUA